AUGGGACUUAUACUUCAUAAACAAAGUGGUAGGGGAUAUCGAGCAUUAUCAAAAAUAUUUGCUUUGCCCUCAAAAAAAACAAUAAUGCAGCUAUUAAACCGGAUUCCCAUCAAUCCAGGUGUAAAUGAUGUGAUUUUUAAUAAUCUUGCAGAAGUUGUUUCUGGCUUAGAUGAAAGCAGCAAGUAUUGUGCUGUAAUGUUUGAUGAAAUGAGUCUGGACCCCCAUAUACAUUUAAAUGUUGCAACCAAAGAAUUUGAGGGCUUUGAAACAAAUGAUGAUGAACAAAGAAAUGCAGUUAUUGCAGAUCAUGCAUUAGUUUUUAUGGUUAGAGGGCUUGUUAAAAAUUGGAAGCAACCUCUAGCAUACACAUUUUGUAGAUCCUCUACAAAAAGUGUAAUAUUAGUAAGGUUAUUGACGAAAAUAAUAACAAGGUGUCAGCAAGCUGGGCUAAAAGUUAUCUGCACAAUAUGUGGGAAUACUUGCAUUCAAGAGAGCCAUUAAGAACCAUCGUCUGGGGUCUGCUAGCCAAGCUAGCUGAUAUAUAUUUCUUUUUUUUUGUUAGAGCGGGCCAUGUAGUAUUGAUAACAUCUUUAGAUUACUCUAUUUAAGCCUUAAUUAUUGUAUAUAUUAGGUAGUCGAUUGCUAUUCAUUGUUAUAUCUUUUUUUUAUAUGUGUUUCUGCGCUGUGAGGUUAAGUGGUAGAGUAGCCAGCUGAAUAAACUUCGCCUCGUAGUGUGGAUGGAUUUCUAAAGACAUUAUUAUUAUUAUAUUUAGCUUUGUGAGAAAAGGUGAUAUAAUUUGUAUAUGAAUGAUUGACCAUAAAAUGACUAUAAUUA